UAGCAGUAGCAGCAGCUCUGUCCUGGAUCAGUGGAGAUGGGCUGAGGCGGAGAGGACACACUCAACAACACCGAGACCGUUCAGUGUAGCAGCUACAGAAGGGAACCCACGGGAAUUCUUCCCGGUCCCGCUUGCCCCCUCUCCUCUCCCGGCCCUAGCAGGCCAGGGAAUGUCCCGGCGGCGAGAUGCCUUACGUGGACCGACAGAACCGCAUCUGUGGCUUCUUGGACAUAGAGGAGAACGAGAGCAGUGGCAAGUUCCUGCGUCGUUACUUCAUACUGGACACGCAGCAGGGAAGCUUGGUGUGGUUCAUGGACAACCCACAGAACCUGCCUGUUGGUACAGAGUGUGUUGGCUCCCUCAAGCUCACCUACAUCUCUAAGGUCAGCGAUGCCACUAAGCUGAGGCCUAAGGCAGAAUUCUGCUUCGUCAUCAAUGCUGGGAUGAGGAAGUUCUUCCUGCAGGCCAACGAUCAGCAGGAUCUUGUGGACUGGGUCAACGCUCUCAAUAAAGCCACCAAGAUCACUGUGCCAAAGUUGCCUGAUGGGCAGCAGAAUGCAGAGAACCAGAGGACUUUGCCGGACGUGGUAGGGCCCAAGAAACAAGUCUCCUAUAAGACGGAGAUCAUUGGAGGAGUCCCCAUCGUCACCCAGACACAGCACGACGGUGGCGAUGGUGCAGACAGAGCAGAGCGUGAGGCCAUGCAUCGGUCCCACAGCCAGCUGCCGUAUUUCCUGGGCAGGCCGACUCAGGAGCACACCGUCAUCAAGUCGGGCUACUGCGUCAAGCAGGGAGCUGUGAUGAGGAACUGGAAACGGCGCUACUUCCUACUGGAAGAAAACUCAAUGAGUUACUUCAAGUCAGACUUGGAGAAGGAGCCUCUAAGAAUGAUCCCACUGAAGGAAGUUCACAAAGUCCAGGAGUGCAAACAGAGUGACAUUAUGAUGAGAGAUAAUUUGUUUGAAGUCGUCACCACAUCAAGGACGUUUUACAUACAGGCGGACAGCCCAGAGGAGAUGCACAGCUGGAUCAAGGCAGUCUCAGGGGCCAUAGUGGCCCAGCGGGGGCCUGGGAGGUCUGCCGCUACAAUGCGGCAGGCCAGACGGCUGUCGAACCCCUGUAUACAGAGGUAUACGUCUCGAAUCGGGGAGUGCAGCAGCACUCUGCUGCAGCUGUGUACCUGUCUUAGAUGUGUGACAUCCUGCUUGUCUCUCCUCCUCCCUCCUGUUCGCUGCCUGAACACGGCGGCCGCUCCACUUUCUACCGCAGCCACGCGGGUCCCCCCGUCCCUCGCUCGCCCAUAUCUGCCAUGCCACCAUGCUACCCAGAGUGGGGGGCUGCUGUCACGUGCGGCACACGCUCGCAGCCUGGCAUGGGACAGCGAGCACUUCAUGAGCCUGCUGCCACGGCCCAGUCACAACCACACGCCAGCACGCCUGUCCCUGCAGGAGACGCGCCUGGCAAAGUGACCUGCGAGCCACCUGCGACCACCAUCGAUAGCUCUGAGGAGUCACCGUGGCGACGGCGGAGCAGCUUUGAGCCCCACAUGCCUGAACCACCCCUGGACCUGGAUGACGCUGACCUGCCAGUGAGCGAGGUCUGAGCCGUUGAACUGGGCGAUAACACUUGCUUAUCUGGUUGGAUGUUGACAGAGAUUCAGAGAGGAGACGGUGCACAACAGGUGUUUUUUUUUAAAAAAAAAAAAAAAAAAAAAAAGGGCAGGCAUUGGUUGUCAAACCAAAGCUGUUGGCGGAUGACAUUAUACAACGUCACAGACUCAUGUUCUGAGCUCCUCCGUCAGUGCCGUCAGUGUGCUAGAGAAACAAGUCUGGUCACCACUGAACUGCACUCAUGUGCCAAAGACGACCCAGUCUCCACCCACCACCACCUCCACCCCGCCUGCCUGCUGUCGCAUUUAUAAUGGUGUAUUUAUUUACUAAGAGUUGAUGUUGUCAGACAAAACUACAAAUUUUAGUCAACUUGUGCUGAUUAGGAUUCAGUGACAGAGCUUUAUUUUAACCUGUACAGGCACGACGAUGUGACAGAGGAUUUUUGUAAACCACUUUGUGCCAAGACAAAUAAGGGAGCUUUCAAGUUUGCAAACUAUUUCCUCUUGACUGAAAAGUGUGUUCAAACUGAGGACUGAUUUUUCAUCACCUCUUUUAUCUACGCAGUUAAACUGUGUGGUCCAUUCAUACACUCACUGUUGUAACCUUGGAUUUGUCUACUUUUGUUGGCUUGUGUAUGGGUCAAGCGUAGUCUGAGAUCAAACCGAAAGCAAAUUUUAAUUUUAAGAUUCUGGACAGGGGUGGGACAAGAUGCAAAAAAAAAAUCAAAAAUAUUUUUAUAUUAUGACCCAGCAUGUAUGAUAAUGCAAGACCAGUGUAUUGCAGCCACAUUUAAUCUGAUUUUUUUUAUUACAGUUAACAAAACUUUGGCAUAAAUUUGUCCUUAUUUUUAAGUAUAUCUAAGGGUUAAGUGUUCAAUCAUAUAAAGGCAUCCCCAGUGAGAUUUUAGCUUACUGUAAUUGACCACAAGCUAAAUUAUCUUACAUGUAAAUCUAGAGUGUUAGUCACAGUUAAACAUAGUACAGUGAGAGUACUGUGCAGAGGUGCAAAAGAUAGAAACGUAGAUGCUAUCACAGUACAUGCAUCACUCCACAGCCUGAAUCAGCCUCUUCGCAAACUACAUUUCAGCAUACCAGACUUUACGGACUCAAGUUUGGAUGAUGUGGGAAGUAAACAAGAAGUACAAGGAGUACGCUUGUGUGUGUUUUGUAAUUCAUAGUAAUAAAACCUUCAACAAUAGGGCUCUCUGUCAGUUCUAGAUAAGCUUCAUGUCCCCACGGACAAGGUAAUAACAUGGUAAUAAAGAUUAAUAUACUGUAUAAACCCCAUGCAAACAUUUCAAAUAAUUGUUUACCAGAAAAAAAAAAACCAAGUUCAGACAGUUCCGUUGCAUGUUAACAUUUUAAUGAUUCCUCAGACUGUCUUUCUGUUUUUAGUUCUUAUCUACGGCCGCUCUGUGUGUUGUGUGUGUGCAGGAUAGAGCUGUGUGCAGCAGAUUUAUUUUUUAUAUGCUUUUAGAUGUUUCUUGAUUUUAUCCCGUGUACGUGUGUUGCCGACCCAGGAGCAGGCAGCUGCCUCAUGGUUUUAUUUAAACAUGUCUCACUGUAGUCCUGCUAAAUAAUACACACUAAUCUUUUUUUUUAAGUGCCUGCUUAAUUUCAACCCAACCGAGUCGAGCUGUUUCACCCUCUUUCAGUCUGGUGUAAUUGGUUUGAAUUGUCUCUAUUUAUUAUGUGGAUGACUUGAAAGAAAUAAACACUGAAAAUGUG